AAUUACCUAUCGUUGACGUAUAGUGCCGAGAAUAUUGUAUUAAUUGUCGCAGAUGAUUUGGACGUGUUUCUUGAUGGAAUGACACCAAUGACAAAUACGUUAGAUUUAAUUGGUAGUAGAGGUGCAACAUUUUCAAAUUGUUUUGUUGCCUCUCCUAUUUGUUGCCCAAAUAGGGCUUCUAUUUUAACUGGGAGAUAUCAGCAUAAUCAUUUAGUAGUAAAUAAUUCAAUUCAUGGGGGUUGCAAUAGCAUUAAAUGGCAAGAACUUCAAGAACCAAAUACAUUUGCAGCACAUUUAAAACAGGAAAUGUCAUAUACAACCUUCUAUGCUGGAAAAUAUCUAAAUCAGUAUGGACAUCAUAUUGUGGGUGGUCCAAAUCAUGUACCAAUAGGAUGGGAUUGGUGGGCUGGCCUUAUUGGCAAUUCAAAAUAUUAUAAUUAUACUUUGUCUAUAAAUGGUACUACAAAGGAAUAUGGCAAUGAACCAACUGAAUAUCUUACUGAUGUAAUUAGUAAUCUAGCAACAGAUUUCAUUAAAACUCGCAGUCCAGAUAGUGAACCAUUCCUUAUGGUUCUAGCACCUCCAGCACCUCAUGCACCCUUUAUACCAGCAGUAAGACAUAAUGACAAGUACAAGGAUGUAAAAGCCAAAAGAACACCUAAUUUUAAUACACCUACACAAAUGGAUAAGCAUUGGUUAGUGAGAAGGGGUCCAUCUCCACUACCUAACAAUGUUCUACCACAGUUAGAUGAUAUAUAUAGACGCAGAUGGGAAACAUUGGUAGCUGUUGAUGAGCUUGUACUAAAUGUAUAUCAAUUUUUGAAAUCACAGAAUCUUUUGAACAAUACCAAUAUCAUAUUUACAUCUGAUAACGGUUAUCAUAUUGGUCAGUUCAGUAUGCCUAUAGAUAAGCGUCAACCAUAUGAGUCAGAUAUUAGAGUUCCAUUACUCAUACGUGGUCCUGGAAUUGUACCAUCCAAAGUUUCUGCACCUGUUAGUAGCGUUGAUUUAUUUGCUACAAUUUUACAAAUAGCUGGUAUAGAACAUCCAUCAGAUGGAUCUUCUUUAUUAAAAAAGAUAUUGCCACAGGAUAGAACCCUAUUAAUAGAGUAUAGGGGAGAAAAAUCUAAGGCUAUCCCAUCAUCAGGUUGUCCAAGUGAUAAUGAUGUUAAUCUAUCAGAGUGUAUGAAAGACAUGGCAUGUAAAUGUCAAGAUGCUGCUAAUAAUACAUUUAGUUGCAUACGUCGUGUUUCACCAAAAUACAAUAAUAUCUUCUGCAUUUUUGAGGAUGACCAGCACUACAUUGAAGCAUAUAAUAUUACUACAGACAAUUACCAAAUGCAAAAUAUUGGAUACAGCAUGAAGCGCAAUCACAGAUAUAGAUUCAGAAAGCGCUUGAAAAGAAUGUCUGUCUGCAAAGAUGAGGACUGUGUUUUUACAAAUACAGAGAACACAUACAUUUAGGGCUUCAUAACUAACAAAAUGUAUAAAUAAAUAUUAAUCAUAUUUUAUAUAUAUAAGUAUAUA